CAAAUAUAAACGAUGGCGUAGCCGACCGGCUAACUCCCUCUAAUUCACUUCUCUCUACAGGCAUCUAGGUCGACUUCGUGCGACGGCGACAUUACUUUUUAAUAUAUGCACAUGUAUCCCUUCGGGCCCGGAGAACGCACCUAAUUAGCGCGCCAUCGGUGCCGUAGGAACCAUUCAUGUCAAUGCCGGAUACCAAUCGAGAGACAUCGCCGCCCACGCCGGCUCCAUCUAGUCGCAUCAAGCGAAAUACUGCAUGUACUAGUUGCCGUGAUGCUAAGGUACGGUGUAAUCCGAGCCAGAAUCCUUCUCAGCCAUGCCAGCGUUGCGCAAAGCUUCACUUAACGUGUCUGGUGGAUAAAACUCAUAAGAGAGUAAGCCGAAAGAGUAAAUUGGAUGAGUUAGUACAAGAAAUCCAAUCUAUUAAGCAGAGUGUUGGUGGACAUCCCUCAUCCCCGACUGUGACAGUGGGACGUGCCGAGCAAAAUGAUACCUUCACCCCUUUUAAGGAACACAGUACGCCACGAUUUGGAGUACCCUCUCCGGCAAGCGUCUCUGCCGCUGCAGAGAUACGCCCCCCUCCUCUUGCAACGCCAGUGAACGCCACAGUUGCUCCCUCUUCCGUAAUACAUACACCCGCAAGUACCACGCUUGGCCAGACCCCUACGACUGAACCCACAUUCCCUAGGGCUUUAGGGUCACAGCCGUUCUCGGGUGAAGAUAUUGAUUACUAUUUUCAUAAAUACUUCGAAUGCUAUCAUCCAUAUAUGCCAAUCAUAAGGCAUAAAGAUCCGAAUAAGUGUUAUGAAGCUUGUCCAUUCUUAUUCUGGACCAUCAUCUACAUAGCAUCACGUCGCUAUGCCAAGACCUCUACGGUCUUCCCCUUUUUAUCCGAAUCGGUCAAGAAAGAUGCCUUCACGGCUAUCACUAACUGGCCUCUGUCUAUUUCUUCAAUAAAUGCCCUUAUAUUGCUCUGCGCAUGGAUAUUCCCUGAAGUACGGUUUGUAAACGAUCCAAGUGCGUUGUUCUCUGGGGCUUGCAUGAAUGCGUCCCUUCAGCUGGGGAUCCACUGCGGGAAAGGAAAUCAUCCAGAGUACAGUCAAGGUGUUUUCCAGAACACCUUCACAGAUGAAGAGGCUUCCUUCACCUGGGCUGGAUAUAAUAUCAUUGCCCAAAGGAUAUCAUCAUCUUUAGGUAUCCCACCUGUCGGUGGUCUAUUCAACCAAACCAUCCAGAAUAUCAUCGAUGGCCGAACCCCAUUUCAAGUUCCAUCUACAUUUCGCGUUCUCUUAGAAUGCCAGAAAUUCUCUAAUCAUGUGACAAAAAUGAUGGCGGCGUGCCUGGAAGAGUCGCGAGGGGUUUCGCCACAAGUAGUUCAGCUGUUGGAAGAUGAGUGGAACGCUGUGAGGGGCCUGAUAUGUUCCGAACGCGCAGACGAGCUCGACCGCUUCAAUGCGUUGCUAGUCCAACUCGAAAUCCAGACCUACUACAUGAUCCCCCUCCCAGGCUACGACCCGGAAGCCCUAAAACGCAACAUCCUCCGUGCCUACAACACAGCACGCGCCGUCAUGCGCUCGGCGCUCGACCUCGACCGGAAAACCGAUUUCCUACGGCACGUGCCGCACUUCUACUUCCGCGCUCUCCUAGCCGCAGGUUGUGUCGUGUACCGCCUCCUACGGUCUUCAUACAUGCAAUUCAUCGACCGCACCGAAGCCGAGAAAUCUGCCUCUGACGCGGUUACUGCUUCUAGGCGCGCUAAAGUAGCCGAUGCGGAUCUACCGACUAGAUUGGGGAAUCUGUUGGAAUCUUGGUCGGAUAGAUUGUUACGCGCAGCUUCGACGACGGUGCAGUGGAAUGAGGAACCUGUGUCGAGUUUCUCGCAUCGGUUGAGUGCGAGUGUAACUUAUGAUUGUAUGACGAGGUGGAAGACGGAUCAUGUCCAUAAUUGUAGGUAUAAGAACCAGCCUCUGGCGCAUUGUACGUGUCUGGGGAGUAAUGGGGCUGCUACGCAUGGUUGUAAUACUGCAAGUGGAGGGAACGGUGCUGGGACUGGGACAAGUGGUGCGGGUGUAGGGAUGAAUGGAAGUGAGACGCCGGCUGGAUUGUCGGGGGUUGGGAAUGGGAAUGAGACGUUGCAGAAUAUUGAUUGGACUUUCUUGGAUGAUUUUGACUGGAGCUUUGAGCCUGUUAUACCCGUGUUGACAGCGCCGACGUGAACGGUGGAAGGAUAGGGGGAGUAAAAGGGGGUUAGGGCGUGAAGGCGUGAAAGCGUGAAAGCGCGGUAAUUACACGGUAUUCAAGGAAUACCUAGGUAGGAAUGCGCACAUGGCCGGAUAGGAGCAUAUCGAAGCAGGGAUAUUUGGACGAUUAUGAGUUGAUAUCUUUUAGCAUUUGCAUAUAUAGCGUCGUGCAUUACCCGCCUCUACCGCCGAUGCGGGAAUACACGCAUCAGGAAGUAAACAAGUGAACUCUUUCAUGAACUUCGGUUCUUUCUUUCUUUACUAGGCAAGCUUAUAUGAUAAACCACAAUUC